AUGGAUCAUCACAUACAACAGACAUACUUACUAUUUAUACUUACUAUUUAUGGUCUAGGUGGGAUCGGGAAGACAUCUUUAGCCAAACAUGUCUAUGGGCUAUAUGCUCAUGAAUUCCACACAAGCAGUUGUAUUGUAGAUAUUAGUAGGAUAUGUGAUGGAAAUUUUAAUGAGUUGCUUGAUUUACAAGAACAACCGUAUAGUGACAUUUCAAAAACAAGACCGAUUAAAUUUCAUGAUGUUUCAGUAUACACCGCAAAGAUAGAGAAUGCCCUAUCCCGUAAAAGAAUUCUUCUAGUUCUUGAUGAUAUCAGUACUCUUGUUCAGUUGGAUGCAUUACUUGGUAGCAAAGGCUUUCAUUCUAGAAGAAAAAUUAUAAUUACAACAAAGGACAGUUGGUUGACUGAGAGUUGUUCUUUAUUUGAAACAAACAUUAAACCCAGUCAUGAAAGGCAUUUACUUCAAGGUUUAAGAAAUAUUGCAUCACAACAACUUUUGUGUUCCCAUGCAUUCAUGUGCAACCAACCCAAAGCGGGAUAUGGAGAGGUGUCUGAUAAGCUUGUUAAGUAUUGUGAAGGACAUCCAUUGGCUCUCGAAGUUUUGGGCAAGUCUCUACAUAAUCGAGAUCUAGCUUAUUAG